UUUAUUCCACAGGAACAAAAGGACACAAAUCCCAUAAUUUUCCAUGACUCAGAAUAUGUACAAACGUUACUUUUGACAAAAAAUAGAUUUUCUUCUCAUCCACUGAAAAAUGAAAACAUUUACCCACAUAAAAGAACAAAUUUUGUUUUAGAAAGAAAUUGUGAAAUCCUCAAAUCUAUAAUUGGCGAUCAAUCUAUUUCUCUUUUCAAACCCAAAAAAACAAUGCCUACAGCACAGAGAAAAGAUAUACAGAUCCCCGUGUCUUUUAAAGUAGGCCACACAACUGUCGAUGAUAAACUAAAGAGGAAAACUAAUAAGCAGACACCAGAAAACAGAUCUUGGAAUACACUCUAUAAUUUCUCACAGCACUUUUCCAGCCUAACCGAACAAUUUGUGGGUUACCUUGAUAAAGCUGUUAUUCAUGAAAUUGGUGCCCAAACCGGAAAAUUUGAAAGAAUAUUUUCUACAGAGAAACCAACGAGCAUACCCACAUCCAGUGCCUCACCUGUCAAAUGUUAUUCAAAGCCUUUUAAAUAUAUAUAUAAACUAAAUAAUGUAACACCACUGGAUAAUUUAUUAAACCUGUCAAGUGAAAUUUUAAAUGCCUCAUAAAAUAUCAUGUAUGCAACAAUAUUGGAGCAACAAGAAGCAAAUAUCCAAGUUCCAAAAUUAUAAAAGAAAUUCUUAUCCAAAUAGUAAUGUUCGAAUUGAUCAUAUAAGAAAGCAAAGCAUAGACAUUGGAAUUACAAGUCAGCAGUCAUCUGUUCAAGAACAAUCAACAUUUGUAGUAAAUAAUAGGACAAAAUUAGGAAAUAAUUAUCACCAAGAGGAUCUAGUUCAUGACUUUCUAUUAUCUCAAUUAGAUUGCUCAAUCAUCAACCUUCCUAUACUAAACUCUGAUUCAGGACCAAGAACAGUAUAGUCUGACUCCGGAAAUGCGCUGUUGAAAGUCAAAUAACAUCAAUACUCUUUUUCUAUAAUUGAAUAUCAAAUAAGACAAAUUAUCAUUAAUUUAAUGAAUGUGGGGUUAAUUGCAUAUCAGCAUUUCAGCAAAUCAUCAUCAAUAGUAUUACAUUAACAAUUUAUGCAACUAAAAAGGCUUUGUAAAACUUUGAAUAGUUUUUUAUUGUUGUUAGUAGAUGUUGGAACUUCAUUACUAUAUAAUGUUUUUGCAAACUUUAACUUUUUUCUGAAUUAUUAAAUAAAAGAAUAACUAUCCUUAA